UCCUGCCACAAAGAACCUACGCUCUCAGCUCCGAUCACCCAGCGGCGCUUCUGCUAACGGACACGUCAUUUACAGAAAGACAAAACUUCACAACACACCUCAGAACACACCUAUCAUCAAAAACACACCUGAACACACACCUCAGAACACACAUAUCAUCAAAAACACACCUGAAAACACACGGCAGAACACAUCUCAGAACACACCUAUCAUCAAAAACAGACCUGAAAACACACCUGAACACACACCUCAGAACACACCUAUCAUCAAAAACACACCUGAAAACACACCUGAACACACACCUCAGAACACACCUAUCAUCAAAAACACACCUGAAAACACACCUGAACACACACCUCAGAACACACCUAUCAUCAAAAACACACCUGAAAACACACGGCAGAACACACCUCAGAACACACUUAUCAUCAAAAACACACCUAAAAAUCAGAAGAGUGACAUGUCAGUCAAAAGCAAUUGGACAUUAACCACCGCCACUGUUGUACCCAGAACAAGCCCCGCCCUUUCUAAACCUGCCCUGCCCACUACCAGCCUUGUAUCCACAUCCUGGGAAGGAGUGGAGCCAGGUGUAUACGAUGUGACGUGUGAGGAGACAGUGUGCCCCCCCAACAGUUUCUGCAGUAAUGACUACAACAGUGGAGGAUCACGAUGUCACUGCAACCUCGGUCACCAUGGAGAACUCUGCUCUGAAGGUGUGUCGAUCCGGUUUCCGAGGUUUUACGGAUUUUCUCACAUGACAUUUGAGCCCCUAAAAAACUCGUACCAGAACUUCCACAUCACUCUGGAGUUCAAGGCGGACUCUGAGGACGGGCUGUUGUUGUACUGUGGAGAGAACGAACACGGUCAAGGAGAUUUCAUGUCCCUCAGUUUGGUGCGGAGGAAAAUUCAUUACAGAUUUAACUGUGGCACCGGGGCAGGGCAGAUCAUCAGUGACGGCGCCAUUGUGAUUGGUCGGUGGCACACAGUCACUCUGUUCAGAGAUGGAGUUAAUGGCUGGCUACGACUUGACAAUGAUACCCCUGUGUCUGGACGCUCACUGGGUCACUACAGCAAAAUAACUUUCCGCACUCCUCUGUUUGUGGGCGGAGCUCCCAGUGUUUACUGGCUUGUGAAGGCAGUGGGAACCAAUCACGGCUUUCGUGGGUGUGUCCAGAGAUUGUCAAUCAAUGGCAGAUACACUGAGCUGAGACCCUGGCCUCAGGGACAUGCCCUCAAUGGGGCGGACAUUGGUGAGUGCAGUACCAGUGUGUGUGAUGAGGUGGUGUGUGAGCACAGUGGAGUGUGUUACCCGACUCGUGCAGACAGCUACAUCUGUCUCUGUCCUCUGGGAUACACAGGAGUUCACUGUGAGGAGAGCUUCGUGCUGUCUCUGCCCCGAUUCAGUGAGAGUGUGCAGUCAUACGCCAGCGCCCCCUGGCCUCAGCACACACACUACUACCUUUCCUUCAUGGAGUUCCACAUCACCUUCAAACCCACCAAUCAGGAUGGGACUCUGAUCUACAGCCACGACGAGCACAGCCGUGACUUCUUGUCCAUUGUCCUGGUGGGCGGAGCUGUAGAGUUCCACUUCGACUGUGGCUCUGGAGCUGCCAUCAUCAGGAGUGAGCAGCCUGUCAGUAUGAACAUGUGGCACGAUCUCAGAGUGUCUCGUACGGCUAAAAGUGGCCUCCUGCAGGUGGACAGUCAGCGGCCAGUAGAGGGCAGUGCCGAGGGUGCAUUUACUCAGAUUAAGUGCAGUUCUCCUCUCUAUAUCGGUGGGGUUCCUGAUUAUGACUCCACAAAAAGCAGCGCAGGAGUGAUCAGACCAUUCAGCGGUGACAUUCAGAGAAUCACACUGAAUGACCGUGAGGUUCCCGUGGUGACGGGUCAUGUGGUGGGCGUGAAUGUGAUGAACACGCCCCACCCGUGUGUGGAGAACCCGUGUGCUAACGGAGGAACAUGCAGACCCAAACGAGAUGAGUACGAGUGUGACUGUACACUGGGGUAUGACGGAACACACUGCCAGAAAGAGUGUGGAAACUACUGCUUUAACUCGGUGACUGAAGCCAUUGAAAUUCCUCAGUUUACGGGCCGCAGCUACCUGACAUACGACAAUCAAGAGAUACUCAAACGGCUAUCUGGUUCUAGGACGAGUGUGUUCCUGCGCUUUAAGAGCUCGUGUAAGGAUGGACUGUUACUGUGGAGAGGAGAGAACCCGGGCCAAGCUCACACUGACUAUCUGUCUAUAGGCCUGCAGAAUGGAACACUUGUUUUCAGUUAUGACCUGGGCAGUGGGGCUGUGUUUGUGGUGGUUAAUGGAGCCUUCAGUGAUGGAAAAUGGCACAGAGUGAAAGCAGUCAGGGAUGGACAGAGUGGGAAGCUGACUGUAGAUGAUUAUGGAGCUGAGACAGGACGUUCACCUGGCAAGAUGAGACAGCUCAAUAUCAACGGAGAAAUUUACAUAGGUGGGAUGAAGGAGAUCGCUCUUCGCACCAGUCGUCAGUACCUGGCAGGUUUAGUCGGCUGUGUUUCACACUUCACUCUGUCCACUGAUUAUCACGUGUCUCUGGUUGAGGAUGCGGCCGACGGCAAGAACAUUAACACCUGCAGCAACUAACCUCAAACACCUGCAGCGACUAACCUCAAACACCUGCAGCGACUAACCUCAAACACCUGCAGCAGAAUGCUUUGUUCCAGUUUGUGGUAGAUCUCCCCUCUGUUCAGAAAUAUUUUAUUGCAGAACUCACCACAUGGCCACCUGACACUGAUCAUUAGGAUUCUGAUGAAGGUUCUAGAAGAUUAGAGGAAGAGAAGAAGCUCUAGAGAAGUUUAUAGUGACGUGGAGAUGGACUUCUACACUGUGAUGUGUGUUAAUCUCUCUCUCUGUCUCUCUCUCUGUCUCUCUCUCUCUCUGUCUCUCUCUCUGUCUCUCGCUCUGUCUCUCUCUCUCUGUCUCUCUCUCUCUGUCUCUCUCUCUCUCUGUCUCUCUCUCUGUCUCUCUCUCUCUGUCUCUCUCUCUCGCUACGUGACCUUCUGAUGUUUUUAUCACGGUGUAUAGAGUUAAUGUGAGAGAGUUUUGUGUAAAAUCUUUAUUUUUAUGCCUUUGUGUUUAAAACACUUCUCAGUUUUGCCAUUUAAAAUGUGACUUAUGAAUUUCUUUCGGAAAUAAAACAAAAACCAUCAUUUCACCCCAGUAUUUGGACUCUCUCUUCCACUUCUCGAC